AAAUUGCGGUCACAUUGUUUUGACUUUCCAAAAGUCAAGUGCGUAUUGUUAAUAUUAUCAACUUGAUAAAAUAGAAAACAGUUGUAAAAUGGAAAAACCACGCGUUAAUAAACGUAAAGAGAAGAAAGAAAAAUCCAACCACGCUAUCAAGAUUGUGGUGCGGCAUUUGCCACCAACCAUGACUGAACAAGAAUUUUUGGAGCAAGUCGAUCCAUUGCCGGAAAACGAUUCGUACUAUUUUUGUACGGCAGAUUGGUCGCUUGGCCAAGAGGCAACAUGUCGCGCAUAUAUUGACAUGUCGCGGAAGGAUAUUUCGGACGUACUGCAGUUUCGCGCGUUUGAUGGCUAUGUAUUUGUCGAUUCUAAAGGUGCCGAAUACGCUGCUAUUGUGGAGUACGCACCAUUUCAAUGCUUUAUGAAGAAUAAGGCACGUAAUCACGACAACAAGGUUAAUACCAUUGAAAAGGAAACUCAUUACCAGGACUUUCUACAAAAGUUGGCGGACGAACGUGAAGAGGCAUCGCGGUUAGGUGACUUGAAGAUUGAUUUUAAUAUAGAGCAGCGAUCAGAUGAUAAGGUGAAAUCUACGCCACUGCUUCAGUAUUUGGCAAACAAAAAAGAAAAACGGCGCGAGGAAGCACGUAAACGAAAUGAAGAGAAACGCAAGCAACGCGAGGAAUUAAAGUUGCUGCGUGCAGCAGAAACGCCAGAAAACAAAUCCAAGGAUGCCGCUGGUGACAAUAAAAAACCAGGCAACAAUAACAAUAAUAAUCAAAAAAAGGAAUUUAACAAGGAUGGACAAGUCCAGGAUAAAGCAAAAAAUUCGCGUUCCAAGCGUCGCACAGAACGCGAUCAACGUCGACGUGAAGAGCAUGAGCAACGAAAGUUGGCGCGAGAUCGUGAGCAGCGGGAUAAAAAGAAACCUGAGCGAACUGAAAGGCCAGAAAAAGAGAAUCCGAGUAAAAAAUCGUCAAAACCAAAUCAAGCAAAAGAACAGAAACUGAGCAAAGACGUUGUGAUUCUUAAAAAGGAAACUAUUGUUGAUUCGAGUGCUGUUGUCUCCAACACAGAUACAGAGAAAUCUGUAGAUGCUUGCAGCGAAAGGUUGGCUUCAGAUCAACAGGAUAAUGAAGAGCGCAAGCCGCCCGAGGUAUUCCCGCAGAACAGCUCUCAAGCCCCAAAUCAGCAGGAAUCUCGAAAGUCCGCAAAUCGGCGCUCGGCCGAUGAGCGUCGCAUAAGAAAUAAGGAUCGUCCAUCCAUUGCCAUAUACCAGCCUAAGGUUCGAAAUCGUCUCGGAUCCGAAGAAAAUUCUCCAAAUGACUCGAAGGAUGCCGCACUGUCAACGGAAAAACCCGUGUUUCCAACAGUUAGCGACAGCACUGAAAUACCGGACGAGAAGUCAAAAAACAAACGAUUUGGUCGACGUAAUAAGCAAAAGAAUCCGGAUGGUAAGGAAAGUAAUGAGCGUGCUCAAAGUCAAGUCUCAAAGUCUUCCGAAAGUAGCACAAGUGCUCAUUCAACCACAUUAAAAUGAUUUAAAUUAAAUAUGUACAAUUCGCGUAUUCUGCAUUUCUUUAUUAGUAAAAAUCGUUCUCCAUAUCCA